GCUCUUCACGUACCUAAAGCUCCGGGUUUUGCUCAAAUGCUAAAGGAUGGUGCCAAGCACUAUUCAGGUUUGGAGGAGGCUGUCUUCCGAAACAUCCGAGCAUGCAAAGAGCUGGCCGAGACUACACGAACUGCGUAUGGACCCAACGGUAUGAACAAAAUGGUGAUCAACCACCUGGAGAAGCUCUUUGUCACCAACGAUGCGGCCACCAUUUUGCGAGAACUUGAGGUCCAGCACCCCGCGGCCAAGAUGGUCGUGAUGGCUUCCCACAUGCAAGAGCAGGAGGUGGGCGACGGGACCAACUUCGUCCUGGUGUUUGCCGGGGCCCUGUUGGCGCAGGCCGAGGAGCUUCUGAGAAUGGGCUUGUCUGUGUCAGAGGUGAUCGAAGGGUACGAGAUGGCGUGCAGGAAGGCCCUGGAGAUCCUUCCGGAAUGCGUCUGCUCCUCCGCCAAGGACCUGCGGGACGUGGACGAGGCCACAGCCUUGAUCCGCACGGCCGUCAUGAGCAAGCAGCACGGCCACGAGGACUUCCUGGCUCGCCUCAUCGCUCAGGCCUGUGUCUCCAUUUUUCCCGAGUCCGGAAAUUUCAACGUGGACAAUGUACGAAUCUGCAAGAUUUUGGGCUGUGGGCUGAUGUCGUCUUCAGUGUUACAUGGCAUGGUUUUCAAAAAGGAAACCGAAGGGGACAUCACGUCAGUCAAAGAUGCAAAGAUAGCAGUGUUCUCCUGCCCAUUCGACUGCAUGGUUACAGAGACCAAGGGAACGGUGUUGAUAAAGAACGCCGAGGAGCUGCUGAGCUUCAGCAAGGGCGAGGAGGACAUGAUGGAGGCGCAGGUGAAGGCCGUCGCGGAGUCCGGCGCCAACGUGGUGGUGACGGGCGGCAAGGUGGCGGACAUGGCGCUGCACUACGCCAACAAGUACCAGCUCAUGGUGGUCCGGCUUAAUUCCAAAUGGGAUUUAAGAAGAUUGUGUAAGACACUAGGAGCUGUUGCACUUCCCAGACUGACAGCCCCCACCCCUGACGAAAUGGGUCGCUGUGACAACGUCUACCUCAGUGAAGUUGGCGAAACCCAAGUGGUUGUCUUUAAACAUGACAAAGAGGACGGUGCCAUCUCCACGCUGGUCAUUCGCGGGUCCACGGGAAACAUGAUGGACGACAUCGAGCGGGCGGUCGACGACGGCGUCAACACGUUCAAGGUCCUCGUCCGGGACAAGCGUCUGCUUCCAGGUGCUGGGGCCACUGAGAUCGAACUGGCAAAGCAGAUCAUGUCUUAUGGCGAGGCGUGUCCAGGUCUGGAGCAGUACGCCAUUAAGAAGUUCGCGGAUGCUUUCGAGGCGGUGCCCCGCGCGCUGGCCCAGAACGCCGGGGUGAAGGGGAACGAGCUCAUCUCCAAACUCUACGCCGUUCAUCAUGAGGGGAACAAGAACAUGGGCUUUGACAUAGAGGGCGAGGGCGCGGCUUUGAAAGACAUGCUGGAGGCCGGCAUCCUGGACCCCUACUUGGUGAAACACUGGGGCAUCAAGCUGGCCACCAACGCUGCGGUCACCGUGCUCCGCGUCGACCAGAUCAUUAUGGCUAAACCAGCUGGGGGACCAAAAGCCCCCCAGGGGAAGAAGGACUGGGAUGAGGACGACUGACUUGGCACCCCCGGGGCACAUCCCCAAACUCCCACCACCCCCCUCCAAGACCAGCACACUCCCGCUGGCUGUUUCCAUGGUUAUUUAAUGUUCAUCUUUUCCUGGUGUAUUUUUGUUUUACGAUAGCUAUGCCUUUCAGUACCACUGUUCAUUUUUGUUUUGCAAAUAAAAAAUGCACUUCAGAAGCCGA